UUCCUUCCAACAUGGCGCAGAUAGGUUGCUAGAAAAUUAAAGGAUUUCCGUAUAGAUACAUCCCACCUUCUACAUUUAUUUAUGUUUUUGUACUUACGCUUGUAGCGGUAGCGCCGUUUUAACUCUGUAGAUCAGAGGUGAAAUUGCCCACAGGACUGGUACAUCUCGCUCAGAUUCUUUUGAGUCAUGCAUGAAGGGAAGAAGACCAAAAACAUGUUUUUAACACGGGCACUGGAGAAGAUUUUAGCCGACAAGGAGGUGAAAAAGACACACCAUUCUCAGCUGCGGAAAGCCUGCGAGGUGGCAUUGGAGGAAAUAAAAGAAGAAUCAAAGAAACUAAGUUUGGAGGCCGGAGAAAACAAGGAGAGCUCCAGUGCUCUGCCACCCGUCAAAUCGAAAGCCAGCUUCAUCGAGGCCGAUAAAUACUUCCUGCCGUUUGAGUUGGCCUGCCAGUCAAAAUGCCCGCGCAUUGUCAGCACCUCUCUGGACUGCUUACAGAAACUCAUCGCGUAUGGACACCUGACGGGCUGCAGCCCAGACAGCACUGCGCCGGGGAAGAGAUUAAUCGACAGGAUCAUCGAGACCAUCUGCGGCUGUUUCCAGGGCCCUCAGACCGACGAAGGAGUUCAGCUGCAGAUCAUAAAGGCCCUCCUCACGGCCGUGACCUCCCAACACAUCGAGAUCCACGAGGGAACAGUGCUGCAGGCGGUCAGAACCUGCUACAACAUUUACCUAGCCAGCAAGAACCUCAUCAACCAGACCACCGCCAAAGCCACACUCACGCAGAUGCUCAAUGUCAUCUUCGCCCGAAUGGAGAACCAGGCGCUUCAGGAGGCCAGGCAGAUGGAGAAGGACAGACACAGACAGCAGCUGCUUCAGCAGGCCCAGCCGAGCCUGCACCCUGCAGAGCCCCAGGCUAACGGUACUGAGGAAGCCCCCAGCCUGCACUCUGAGCCCCAGGCUAACGGUACCGAGGAGGCUCCCAGCCCAGAGGACCCAGAGCCAGAGAAUGGCUCCGUCUUCUGCUGCCCGGAGAAUGAGCAGCCCGAGGCCGACCAAGCCACGGCAGCCUCACAGAAUUUAUCCAAGCAAGACACUGAGAGCACAGAGGAGGACUCCCCGAACUAUGAGGAAAAGGCCCAGGAGAUAGUACAGAGCGUUCUACAGGAAGUAGUCCGCACCGUUGUCGGGGAAUCCAGGGACGGAGUAGGAGAGACAGAGAGUGUCACGGUCACGCCCUGCUCCCUCGACGAAGAGGCGGGCCUUGGCAGCAACGGCGAGAACGUCCAUGCCAACGGCAUUCCUGGCACACCCAUCUCAACUAGCUUCACCCCGUCCCUGACUGAUGACAGGCUGUCAAUCUCCUCCAAUGACACUCUGGAUUCGGGGACCCCCACAGGGGCGUGUCCUGUGGCCAAGUUCUCCCACAUCCUGCAGAAGGAUGCCUUCCUGGUGUUCCGCUCCCUGUGCAAGCUGUCCAUGAAGCCCCUUUCAGACGGCCCGCCGGACCCAAAGUCUCAUGAACUUCGCUCCAAGGUCCUGUCUCUGCAACUGCUCCUGUCCGUCCUGCAGAAUGCUGGGCCAGUCUUCAAGACCAACGAGAUGUUCAUCAACGCCAUCAAGCAGUACCUGUGUGUGGCCCUGUCCAAGAACGGAGUCUCCUCUGUCCCCGAGGUCUUCGACCUGUCACUUUCCAUCUUCCUCACCCUGCUGUCCAACUUCAAGACCCACCUGAAGAUGCAGAUUGAGGUGUUUUUCAGGGAGAUUUUUCUGUACAUUUUGGAGACGUCCACCAGCUCCUUUGACCAUAAAUGGAUGGUGAUUCAGACUCUGAGCAGGAUAUGUGCUGAUGCGCAGAGCGUGGUCGAUAUUUAUGUGAAUUAUGACUGUGACUUGAAUGCUGCUAACAUAUUUGAGAGGCUGGUGAACGACCUGUCCAAGAUUGCACAGGGCCGGGGAGGCCACGAGCUGGGCAUGACUCCAGGGCAGGAGCUCAGCUUGAGGAAGAAAGGGUUGGAGUGCCUGGUGUCCAUCCUCAAGUGCAUGGUGGAGUGGAGUAAAGACCAAUACAUUAACCCCAACUCUCAGACCAGCCUGGGCCAGGAGAGGCCGUCGGAACAGGAGCCGGGCGAGUCCAAACCCGCGGAGACCAUUACCCACUACGGCAGUGUCACCUCCCUGGACUCAGCCUCCUCGGGCAUCGGUAGCUACAGCACGCAGACGUCCGGGAACGACAACCCAGAGCAGUUCGAGGUCCUCAAGCAGCAGAAGGAGAUUAUUGAGCAAGGCAUCGACCUGUUCAACAAAAAACCAAAAAGGGGCAUCCAGUAUCUGCAAGAGCAAGGCAUGCUGGGUACCAGCUCAGAAGACAUUGCCCAAUUUCUACACCAAGAGGAGCGACUAGAUUCUACUCAGGUGGGAGAGUUCCUCGGGGACAAUGACCGCUUCCACAAGGAGGUGAUGUACGCCUACGUGGACCAGAUGGACUAUCUGGGAAAGGACUUUGUGUCUGCGCUGCGACUGUUCCUGGAGGGCUUCCGUCUGCCUGGCGAGGCGCAGAAGAUCGACCGGCUCAUGGAGAAAUUUGCUGCCAGAUACUUAGAAUGUAACCAAGGGCAAACGCUGUUCGCCAGCGCAGACACAGCCUACGUGCUGGCCUACUCCAUCAUUAUGCUGACGACGGACCUGCACAGCCCGCAGGUGAAAAACAAAAUGACAAAAGACCAAUACAUUAAAAUGAACAGAGGGAUAAAUGACAGUAAAGAUUUACCAGAGGAGUAUCUCUCUGCCAUCUACGAUGAAAUUGCAGGGAAGAAGAUCGCCAUGAAGGAAACUAAAGAACUGACCAUCAAAUCAAAUAAGCAAAGUGUGGCUAGUGAGAAGCAGAGGAGGCUGCUCUAUAAUGUAGAGAUGGAGCAGAUGGCAAAGACAGCCAAGGCUCUGAUGGAGGCUGUGAGUCAUGUGCAGGCACCCUUCACCAGUGCCACACACCUGGAGCACGUCAGACCCAUGUUCAAAUUGGCGUGGACACCUUUCUUAGCGGCCUUCAGCGUGGGACUGCAGGACUGUGAUGACACGGAAGUGGCCUCCCUCUGUCUGGAGGGCAUCCGCUGUGCCAUCAGGAUCGCCUGCAUCUUUGCCAUCCAGUUGGAGCGGGAUGCAUACGUGCAGGCGCUGGCCCGUUUCACCCUGCUGACGGCCAGCUCGGGCAUCGGCGAGAUGAAGCAGAAGAACAUCCACACCAUCAAGACCCUCAUCACGGUGGCCCACACCGACGGGAACUACCUGGGCAACUCCUGGCAUGAGAUCCUGAAGUGCAUCAGCCAGCUGGAGCUGGCGCAGCUGAUCGGCACGGGCGUGAAGGCCCGCUACAUCUCGGGCACGGUGCGGGGGAAGGACGGGUUCCUCACCAACAGUCGGGAGCAGAGCUCCGAUGAGUACCUGGGUCUGGUCGGCGGGAACGUCGACCGGAAGCAGAUCGCAACCAUUCAGGAGUCCAUCGGAGAGACCAGCUCGCAGAGUGUCGUGGUCGCUGUGGACAGGAUAUUUACAGGGUCCAUCAGACUGGAUGGCAAUGCAGUUGUUGAUUUUGUGCGCUGGCUGUGUGCCGUGUCGAUGGACGAGCUGGCCUCUCCCACACACCCGCGCAUGUUCAGCCUGCAGAAGAUCGUGGAGAUCUCCUACUACAACAUGGGCCGCAUCCGGCUGCAGUGGUCCCGCAUCUGGGAGGUCAUCGGAGAUCAUUUCAACAAGGCGGGUUGUAACCCCAAUGAGGACGUGGCCAUAUUCGCGGUGGACUCCCUGAGGCAGCUGUCCAUGAAGUUUCUGGAGAAGGGCGAGCUGGCCAACUUCCGGUUCCAGAAGGACUUCCUGCGGCCCUUUGAGCACAUCAUGAAGAAGAACAGGUCGCCCACGAUCCGUGACAUGGUGGUGCGGUGCAUUGCCCAGAUGGUGAACUCCCAGGCGGGGAACAUCCGCUCCGGGUGGAAGAACAUCUUCUCUGUCUUCCACCUGGCUGCCUCCGACCAAGACGAGGGCAUCGUGGAGCUGGCCUUCCAGACCACCGGCCACAUCGUCACCAACGUGUUCGAAAGGCACUUCCCUGCCUCCAUCGACUCCUUUCAGGACGCAGUGAAGUGCCUGUCAGAAUUUGCCUGCAACGCCUCCUUCCCCGACACCAGCAUGGAGUCCAUCCGUCUCAUCCGCCACUGCGCUAAAUACGUGUCCGAGCGACCGCAGGCUUUCAAAGACUACACCAGUGACGACAUGAACGUAGCCCCAGAGGACCGGGUGUGGGUACGAGGCUGGUUCCCCAUCCUGUUUGAGCUCUCCUGCAUCAUUAACAGGUGUAAACUGGAUGUGAGGACCAGGGGUCUCACAGUGAUGUUCGAGAUCAUGAAGACCUACGGACACAUGUACCAGCAGCACUGGUGGCAGGACCUUUUCAGGAUCAUCUUCAGGAUCUUCGACAACAUGAAGCUCCCAGAGCAACAGACCGAGAAAGCAGAGUGGAUGACCACCACCUGCAACCACGCGCUGUUUGCCAUCUGUGAUGUGUUCACCCAGCACUUUGAGUCACUGAACCACGUUCUCCUGGACGACAUCCUCUCCCAGCUCUUCUGGUGCGUUCAGCAAGACAACGAGCAGCUGGCCAGGUCAGGCACAAACUGUCUGGAGAACGUGGUCAUUCUCAAUGGGGAGAAGUUCAGUCCGGAUACCUGGGACAAAAUCUGCAACUGCAUGCUGGACAUCUUCAAAACCACCAUUCCACACCCGCUUUUGACUUGGAGACCAGCAUUGUCAGACGGGGACACUACACCCCGGGCGGACCUGGCAGACAGACAGCUGGACUCCAUUUCCCAGAAGUCCGUGGACAUUCAGGCAUGUAUUGAGGACCCGCAGUCUCCCAGUAGCCCCGAGAAGCUGUCCGUAGAGAGCCCGGUGCAGAGCACAGGCUCGGGCACGUACGAGGACAGCCAACGAGCUAAGGCCCAGGAGCAGCGGCUAUUCUCUGCGCUGCUCAUCAAGUGUGUGGUGCAGCUGGAGCUCCUCCAGAGCAUCGACAACAUCGUCUUCUUCCCCACCACCAGCCGCAAGGAGGACGCCGAGAACCUGGCAGCUGCCCAGAGAGAUGCUCUGGACCCGGAGGUCAGCGUGGAGCUCCAGGACCAGGGGAUGUAUUGCCACCUGUCCUCAGAGCAGCUGUUUAAGCUGCUGGACUGCCUGCUGGAGUCACACCACUUCGCCAAGGCCUUCAACUCCAACCAUGAGCAGAGGACCGUGCUCUGGAGGGCAGGCUUUAAAGGGAAGUCCAAGCCCAACCUCCUGAAGCAGGAGACGGGGAGCCUGGCCUGCUGCCUCCGCAUCCUGUUCCGCAUGUAUGCUGAUGAAGAGCGUCGCCCUGCCUGGGAUGAGGUCCAAACCCGACUGCUGAAUGUGUGCUGUGAAGCCCUGCACUACUUCCUGGUCCUGACCUCUGAGAGCCACAGAGAGGCCUGGACCAACCUCCUCCUCCUCUUCCUCACCAAGGUUAUGAAGAUCAGUGAUGACAGGUUCAAGGCCCAUGCCUGCCGUUACUACCCGCUCUUGUGUGAGAUCAUGCAGUUUGACCUCAUUCCGGAGCUACGAGCCAUCCUGCGGAAAUUCUUCCUGCGCGUUGGAGCCCUGUUCAACGUCUCUCAGCCAGCCAAUCAGGCGAGAGGGGCAGGGAGCCAGUGAGGGCAAACCAAUCAGGAAGGGAGGAGAGGAACAGAGCCAGUGAUGGAAUCUUUCUUUUUUGGUUGCAAUAAUUUAAUUUUAUACUUUUUCUUAAUUUCAAAGAAUUUGCUGCACUCUUAUUUACUGAUUGCACUGGGAAUUUUCACUUUAAACUAAGUUACUCUGUCAGGUUGUGUGACGGAGGGCUGCUAUUGGCUGAUAUGAUACAGGUGGAUAGUAUAAGUUAUUCUGUUUUUUGUGUACAGAAGCUUUUAUUUAAAAACUGGAAUUGAAUAUUAUUUCCCACUAAUCUGAAUUGCACCUCAUCGGGCAUAGAUCCAGCUCUGAGGUUUGAUGUAGCUUUCACUGUAAGUGUACAAAAUUGCAAAUGUAAUUAUGUAUGUAUAAACUAAAUGGGCGCGUGGUCUUUGGGGGAAUGUACUGAAAAUAUGAGUGAAUGUUUGUGUUUUUGAAAGAGAAAUGUGAUCUGAGGCACUCUGACUUGUGUUGAUGCAGAACACCGACGGGUCUAAUGUAUAUGGUACAUUAAUGUAAAGUUUUAUAUGUACAACUGUACAAAUACAAGCUAUCAUCAUGUGACAUUCUAAUGGAGUUGAAGGUCAAUAAAGUUUUUGAACUAA